AUGGAUCAGAUCAAGAAGCGCAUGGAAGCUCUCCGCAUCGAGGCGGACGAGAGCAGCGCCCGCGCCGAGGAGCUCAAGGCCAAGGUCAAGCAGCUCGAGAGCGAGACGACACAGAAGGAGCAGGAGAUCACAUCCCUGAGCCACAAGAACUCGGUGCUGGAGGGCGAGGUUGAGAAGCUCGAAACGCAAGUCAAAACCUACAAGGACGAAGCCGGUGCAGGUGCCCAGGCCGGCUCCACGGCCGAGGGCUUGCAGCGCAAGAUCCAGGUCCUUGAGGAAGAGGCUGAGGAGUCUGACAGGACGAUCCGCGAGCUCAACGAGAAGCUCCGCCAAACCGACGUCAAGUCGGGCCACUACGAGCGCAAAGUCCAGGCCCUCGAGCAGUCCCGCGACCAGUGGGAAACCAAGUACGAAGAGAUGGCCAAGAAAUACGCCGACACCAAGAAGGAGCUCGACGACUUUGUCAAGGAGAUUGGUAACAUCUGAUUUCCGGCAGGUCGCGCCCUUCAAGUUGUUGACUGUAUCUAGCCGGCUAUUGAGCCCAGUGUCGAAGCCCACCCAGCGAGGCCGGACUGUCCGCAUAUUUACUGGGACGUCUCGGACGCUUGGUGAAGCUUGGAGUAGGAGGAAUCAUCACACCCCUUUACCCUUUCCCUGCAUAUCGGUUCCUUUCGUGUGGCUGCUUGCUGGCGGGCAUGUGCUUUAGAUAAUCCCUGAGCGCAAUACAGUAUUGCGUCCCGUCAUUGACUUUAAUUUGUGUUUGAACACCGAA